CAACAGAUUCUUUAGAACAAUAUCAUAGAGAAUCGGUUAAGACAGAUUGCACUUGUUUUAUUAAUAUGUAUUGGCCACUUAAAUCAUCAAAUCCAACUAUCACCAAAAUGAACCUUGAACAUCACAGACAUGAUCUUAACCCUAGAAUAAUUCGUUUUGCUGAUAUUUAUCGACAGCUUUCUCAGAAUAUAAUGGACAAGAUUCAAUUUUAUGUUAAUACAAUUUAUGAUAUUAACCAGUAUACUUUAAGGCAGCUUCUUUGUAACCCUGAAAAUGAUGCCUUAAAUCUUUUUAAAGAGUUACAAAAAAUGAAGAAAAAUGAUUCUACAUGGUUUAUAACUUAUCAUUGUAUUAAGAAUCAUCUUUAUUAUAUAUUUUGGAUGAUACCUUAUCAACAAACUCUUUAUUUAAAGUAUUACGAUCAUCACUAUUCAAGAGUGGUAGCUCAGGCAUUAAUGUUAGAUGAAACAACUUCAUCGUAUAUAUGGGUGCUUAAAAAUCUUCUGGCAGCUACAAACAAUUUAUCACCAAUGAUAAUAUAUUCUGAUUGUGAUACUGAGUUGGGGCUAGCAAUUGAAUCUGUACUUCCAACUACAUGA